CAUACUAAGCCUUACCACAUUUCAACCUUACUGGGAUAUCAUAACCGUGCCCUGACAAUAACGACAACCCUGCCCCACGUUCCGUUCCAGUUGUCCUCGCUUAGACUUGCUAUUCCUAAUGCUCGAACCAAGAUUUUGCCCGUGCUAUAUCUCGUCUUCCAAUAUGUAAUCCGACUCUUUUGACGUAAUACCUUUGCUCCGUCUCAGGAGCUUUUCGCCGUUUCAACUCCCACUUCGAGAUGGGUUUCUGGGAGGCCUCUCAAUCUCCUCCGCGUCAUUCUACGCAUCACCACCGUCGCCGUAACGAGCCUCGUGACGAGAACGACUCCCGCGAUAUAUCUUAUAAUAGAUCAUGUCUGAAACGACCACGCAAACCCCACAACACCAAUUCCACUCUAGUAGAGCUGACCAGCGCGUCGCAACCAGAGACCCGCCGAGGCAUUGUCAAAAACUGGCUAGAGCAGACGACGAGGCAUACUUCCCACCCCCGGCCUAGUACGUCACGAGCGCACCGAAAAGACGACGUAGGGAAAAGUUGCCCAUCUGGGAAACUUGCCGCUACAGCCCCAUACAAUAAGCACCCUGGGCGUGUAGAUCCACGAUGGGAUCUCCAUCACAAGCAUUCCAACGAUGGCCUACGCCAAUCGGGUUCUCCCGCUCAAGUCUUAGGCAUAGGGGAUUCAAGCAAGCGUAGGCGAAGGCGGGCCAACCCCAGCGAUAGUUCGUUCAUAAGUGGUUUUGAAAAUUCUACGAAGCCUCCUGAUUACGGCCCUGGACCCAUUCGACAAGAUUGUGAUAGUACAUCGCCGGCCAGACCUCUCAAAGAUGCUGCUUUAGCGCCUCUAAAUGUUUCGUCAAGCACGUCUUAUAUUGUGGAAGAGAUAUUCGACUUCGAGAAGAGACCAAGGCGUAAAACCAGGGAAGAUAGAUAUGAAACAAAGAAAAAGAAGCGGAAACAUGAACGAGAGGAUGCUAUAGGACAUGACGAACAUCGAGAAAAAAAACGUAGGAAGCAGGAGAAGAAAAGGAAGGUUGUGGCAUCAGGUAAGAACGUCGUUGGUAAUUUUACCUCCGAAGCCGUUCUGAAUGACCGCAUCACGGUGCAGCCACACCUUAAACCUGGUCUAUUCGACAAUAAACGCACGUCGAAGAAACAGCCUAUCACUGACUUGGCCUUCUCCGAAAUGCAAUUUCUUAAGGAUCAGAAGAGAAAUCUUCGGCCAAAACCUCUGUCCAAAUCUCGUUUGAGGGAAAAACGACGGGAAGAUCGAGAAAUGGAAGAAGUCUCUUCCUUUUUCUUACCACACAAAUCCAUCGGAAACACUUACAAACCAAGGCGUUCUGGUCCAGAUGCUAGUAAUGAUAGCAUACCACGUCAAGAGCAUCGAGGAAAGCAUUUCACAUCCAUUUACAACACAGAUCUUCCUAAGCCGCUCGCUUUAGAUCACCGUUCAUAUCCUCAACAUACUCGCGCACUCCAAGCCCUUCAUAGCGAACCCACUGAGACUCGCAGCUUAGACUUACAUGGGUCUAUCCGCGACGAGGAGGUAUCGAGUCGAAAAACAACAUAUUUUACGUGGCCUAGUAGCCGACACUCGCCUCAGACUAAUAGGAGAGUAAAUAGUGCGAAUUCUAAACCUCCUGGGUCGACUGGGACAACCACACCUGAGUCGAUCCGAAGGGAUCUUAUAGCAACAGGCAUAUAUCGCGACACCGGAAUUCCUUCAUAUGAUGACCGUUUAACUGAUAAAAGUAGAGAAGGGUGGGUAACCGAAACGAGGGCACGUAAUGAUCGUUGCAGUAUGCAUGAACAGUCCGAUGAACCCCCAAAGGUGAGAUACCGAGACCAAGCCAUAAUGACUAAUCGUCCCUCGAAUUAUUUGGAGCUACGACAAAACACCCAAGAAAUUGAAGAAGGCCAGAAUAUAAGGGCCCCGGAAGACCUAGAGCCGCAAACAUAUCAUACUGCCCAAGAUAUAAACCGCCAGCGGAUUGCAAGGGAAGUACGCCUUGGGCCUGCCGAAAGAGUUAGCUCAAGACAGGAUAUCCAGGCUUCGAACCUAGUAGACGCCGAAAUGGUUACCGAAGUGGUUACCAGGCAACAAUAUCCUAUGCUAAAAGAAACACAGUGGAAUCCGUACCAAAACGGGCAGGCAUUGGGGGCAGCCGACCAAGCCUCAAUAGUUUCUAGAGAUGUAAUGCCGCCUCCUCCAAUUCCACUGGGUAAAAUCCAGCCCAGUACAACUGGUGCCGGUUUACAAGUCGAAAUUCCUAGGCCAAAUACUUCUUCAACCAGCGUGCCAAUCGAACCAUCGCAAGCUUUUCAUACAGCGGGCUUUGACGUACAGCAGUCUUUAGGGCCAUCCAAUAAUCCCAGUCAAAAUGCCCUCACAGCCGGACCAGUCAUCAACCACGGGAGACCACCCUCACCUUUCAGUGCAGUUUCGUGGUUACCACAGCGGACUCCAUCAGUUCAGGUCACGGACAAGAGAAAUAGCCCAUCUCGAUUAAGUAUUAAGUCGCCAAUUUAUAUGGACCAGCAUAAAGAGACAUUAAGUAGGACUCCAAACCAAAGAUAUUUGCCAAAUGGACAGGUACCUGAGAGUAUGGCCCAAUUCAUUGCUAGAAUAGAAAGGGAGUCGCAAUUGCGGUCCCCACUAUAUAACCAUGACGUUCCAGGCUCGGAACCAGAUUCACGGGCGAUAACAGGGAGUACAAUUUCCUUCGAUACGGAGCCGAUUUACGAACAGCCUUUAGUAUACGAUAUGAGAGGAAGCGAGCCCUCAAACUUGGUACCUAAUUUGUAUAUGCCUUAUCCUUACUCAGGAAGCCCGAUAAUGGAUCAACGGCGUCACGGAGAAUUUUACGUCGAGACGGGAUACCCUCAGUAUGGAAUCGGAGCCCCUCGGACUUUGACCAGUGUUACAGAACCGUUGGAGGAUUUUGAAGACGAAUGUUUUGAAAUGUCGAAUUUCUGGCGUCCAAAUCAGUUCUCACGAUUCUAGUACAUAUCCGUAAUGUUGAAAUAAUGAAUACUAUGCACAAUAUGUAACU